AUGGCACGAAUGCGUUUUUUGGCAAGUGCUGCAGCGCAACAGAUAGACAAUGAUCUGAUGUCGCCUGCGGGCGGCUUCAGUAUCUAUCAGCUAAUGGAGUUGGCUGGGCUAUCGUGUGCCGAGGCCGUCUAUAAAACGUACCCAUGCCCGGGCUACCGGAGAGUUCUUAUAGCGUGUGGUCCCGGUAACCAAGGAGGAGAUGGCUUGGUUGCGGCGCGUCAUUUGAAACAUUUUGGAUAUGCACCCGCUGUAUGGUAUCCAAAGCAGAAAGAUGCGCCGCUCUUCCACGGGCUGAUUCAGCAACUGCGCAGUUUGGAAAUUCCGUUUGUCGAUGACGCACAAUUCGAGGAAGCGCUUGUUGGGGAUACGGAUUUGGUUCUGGAUGCAGUGUUUGGGUUUUCAUUCCAUGGCACGCCGCGAGCGCCGUUUCUCGCUGCGCUCGAGGCCAUGGUUUGUGCACAGAAAAAUGUCCCAAUCGUCUCGGUCGACAUCCCUUCCUCCUGGAACGUCGAUACGGGGCGUGGAGCAUCAGAGAUCGCCAAAUCGUUCUGUCCAGACAUGCUGGUGUCUUUGACCGCACCAAAACUGGGUGUUCGUACCUUUACGGGCAAACACUGGCUUGGCGGGCGUUUUUUGUACCCGAGUAUUGUGGAGAAAUACGCACUGUCGAUGCCUUUGUACCCAGGCGCAUCGCAGGUGGUAGACAUCACUGGUAUCGAGCCUGAGAAUGACGACAUGUAG